CACAGGAGGACAAAAAAAAAAGUCCAGGUCCGAUCGACCGACCGACCGCAUCCGUCCGUUCUCCCCGGCGCUCACUCGUCCCGCUUCGGCCUGGAUGCUGCUCGGAGCCCCUUCGGACUUUUACCUGGAUCUUUUUCUCCGCGGUGUUCCGCGGUUCUCGCCGCCGGUUUGAGUGCGAGGCAGCGGGGCUGGGGGAUGGAGGCUCAGUCCGGGCUGUGAGCAGACUGGUUUUAGGGGGUGGCGGAGGUGUGGGGGGUCGGUGUGUGAAGCCCCAGGCCCUGCUUUGCUUUGUUAUCCCGGGCUUCGUUUUGCAGCUCUCCUCCCGGCUUUUCGUCGCGUUCUUCCCGGGUCUCUGUCCCAGCAGGAAGCGUCUCUCCGGAGACAGUGAGGAGUUUUUACACUGGAGAGAAAACACAUGGAGAAAAGGAGGAUUUGAGGCUGUUUGAGCUGCAGAUCGGAUUCUUCUGUUUCCGUCCCGAGGAUCCUGUGAAGGAGGAACACAGAUUAUUUCUGUUUCUCUCUUUGUCUUUUUCUCUUCUUUCUACUCAGCUGUCUGUCUUUGUCCCCCCACACACACACCUCUGUUUAUCUCCAUCUGUCCCCUUAUUAUCUCUUACCUUUCAGUGUCUACCUCUCCCCUCUGUCUGUCCACCUCCAUCUGUCUCUCUCUCUCACUCCUUCCGUCCUCCAUCAUGGCUCCAGUGAACCAGUACUCCUGGUUCUGCUGCCUGCUGGUCCUGCUGGUUCUCCCCGCCGUCCGGAGCUCGUUCCCCCGCAGCGGAGGCAGCAGCGGAGCUGACUGCGGCCCCGGGAAGGCCGCCGACUGCCCAGAUCUGUCAGAGAAGAAGAGCGACCUGCGUGUGUGUGACGCCGGGACGUGUCGCUUCGGAGGAACCUGCCGCGAGAACGGAGCCGACAUCAAGUGUGUCUGUCAGUUCCACUGCCAUAAGAAGUACGUCCCCGUGUGUGGGUCAAACGGAGACACGUACCAGAACGAGUGUUUCCUGAGGAGAGCCGCCUGCAAGAAGCAGAGAGCCAUCACCAUCGUGUCAGAGGGACCCUGUUACCACGACGGUGGGUCAGGAUCUGGAGACGGAGAUGAUGAAGGUUCUGGUCGCGGGAAGAAGGCCUCAAAAUGUGGAAACUGCAAGUUUGGAGCCGAGUGUGAUGAAGACUCUGAGGAUACACUCUGCAUGUGUAACAUCGUGUGCAACGGCCACAACGACAACCCAGUGUGCGGCAGCGACGGCGUCACCUACGACACGCCCUGUCACGUCCGGGAGGCGUCCUGCCUCAAACAGCUCAAGAUCGACAUCAGACACGUGGGACGCUGCCAAGACAAAGGCAGGAAGGACGACAGCAUCAAGACCAAACCAGACAUCUACGCUGUGUCCAAGCCUGGUGAGGGGGAGGGGUUUGUGGACAGCCCCAUCCCCUGUCCCGAAGACAACAGCCAGUUCUGUGAACACGGCCACUGUGAGAUGAGACACAACCUGCCCACCUGCAGGUGUGAGGCGGCGUACGGCGGCACUCACUGUGAUGAGCUGCUGGACUUUAACAUCCUGUAUGUGGUGCCCAGCGGUCAGAAGCUGCACUACGUGCUCAUCGCCGCCAUCAUCGGAGCCGUUCAGAUCGCCGUCAUCGUAGCUGUGGUCAUGUGCUUCACCAGGAGGUGCAACAAGACGAAGCGUGGACGGAGACAGAAGCAGCACCUCGGUCACUUCCCGUCAGGAACGUCCUCCAGGAUGAUGUAGCUGCUCAUGUUUUUGUGAAAUAUAAGAAGUCUAAUUUUUCGUACCACACAGACAGACUGCAUUUUUGAUAUCUGGACUUUUUGGUGCCUCCUUUAUUUUUUUAUUUUUUUUUUUCUUUUUGAAGAUGAUUCUUGACUUUCUUACGGGGCCUUAUUUGACAGAUUUUCUUCCAGGUUUGAUUUUUGGUCUUUGUGCUCCAUCAGUCAGAGCGGAGACGUACAGUUUGUCUGUGAGGCUGCUGUCCUCAGACUCUGAAACACUGUGGAAACCUUAUUUAUCUGAUUGUAUGGACACUCUGGACCGUCCACACUCUAACUGGAAACACCUCCGCUCUGUGUCCUUUCACCCUGUGGGACGCAGACUAACGCUGCCUCUGCCUUUUCUUUACAUCUGCUUUGAAGGAAGACGAGAGAAGAUUUUUAGCCUUGUUUAUGCAGCUUGUACGUGAGGAGCAUCAAAGUAACAGCUGCUGACGUUUAACCACUGCAGAACAUUUAAUGCUGAAAUUUAAAUGCCAAAGAAUUUAUGUGGUUUGAAGUCGCUUCUUUAAAAUUUCCAGAAAUCAUACUUUGGGCUGAAAACUUUUGGGCAGUUUGUUCUUUCCCAGGUGGAAACUUCAGUUCAUUUCUUCAGAGCUCACAGUUUGUAAAACCACACAGAUUCAGACAGAUGCUUCAUGUCAGUGCUGUCAGAGUAUUUAAAUUUCAGUAUUAAUUAUUUAGUGGUGAUUGAAAAUCACAGGUUUCAGCUACUUAUGAGAUUAUUAUAGUUUUUUUUCUCAGUAGUGAGGAUACACCUUCAGAAUACAGCAGCAUUUUUCUGACCUCUGUCAGGAAACUGACCGUCGGCACGAGAACCACGUGGGUCAAAGAUCAAACUCUAACACCGGGUUUUGUUUCAUGCUGAGAUUUCCCAUGAAGCACUGCUGCGAGUGCUCUGCUGAGUUUUCUUCAGACUUUCUCUGUUGCCAACGUGUUAUGACGCUGUAAUGCUCUGGGGGGCGCUGUGUAUCGGACCACAGGACCAUCAGGGACCUCUCGAUGCCCUCUGGGAGUUUUAGCUGCAGUAGACCUGAGUCUAAUGGGUUAUUUUCUAAUUGGCUGCAUCUCACAGGGUCAAAAAUAUCUCACGUAACUCAGACGACCUUUAUUUUAUUUUUUUGUAUUUGUUAUGAUGAGACGCACCUGAAAACCAAAAUGCUGUUUUUUCUACUGCUUAAGAAAAAAAGGUCCAGGCUGUACAGGCUGUUCUAAUGAUUUUAUUGCUUCAUUUUCAGAUGACGCCGUUCCGGAAAUGGAAUCCAAUGUUUUUUGUGUGUGUGUCUUGACAAACUGCUAAUAAUUUAAAUGACUUUGGUUUUUUUCGGUUGCGUUUCUUCUUUUUUUAAUUUGUAUUUUUUUAAUAAUUUGUAACGAUGGUACGAAGUGUCCGUGUUGGUUGUUUUAUUGUGGUAGAAGGAGUAGAUGAAUAAGCUGGGCGUACGUUCCCUGAGGUAUCGCUGCACUGAGAUCAGAUUUAAACGACUUUCUGAUGAGAGAAGCAAACACGUGUGAAGCUGUGGUCUCGGUCAUGUGAUGCCUGCAGGAAUCUGGUCCGAUUUUACUGUAGAUGUCGCGUAUUGCAUGAAACAGUGAAGUUGUUGAUUAGACUGUGCUGUAGUUGAAGUAGAAUUAAAUUCUGAUG